AUGUCGAUGAUAACGUCCACGGCCUGGGUUCGGCGAGGCGUGGCAGCUCAGUUCCCCGAACGGUACGAGAUUGAUGAAGCAGAAAUCAGCCGAAUCUCAAAACUAGCCAAGGUGCAGCUUGAGAGUGCGCGGACAGAUCUGAACGCAGCCAGAAACGCCAAUGCCAAUGACGACGACAACGAUGAGGAAGAGGAGGAUGAAGAUGAGGACGACGUGAUGGAGACCACCGACGAGGUCGAGGUAGAGAAGAAAGAGAAGAAAAAGAGCAAACCGGAAGACGAUGACGAUCUGGCGGAAUAUGACAUGGAACACUACGACAGCGACCCGCGAGACGAAGAAGGCGAUGAAGUCACCAUGUUCGGCAACGUGCAGUCCCUCGCAUACCACCAGCCGCAUGAAAAGGACCCUUACCUGGUGUUACCCAACCGAGCUGACGGGGCCGGCGACGACUCGGACGAAGACCGCGAAGACCUCCAGAUCCUACCGUCGGAUAACCUGCUGUUGGCAGGCAAGGUGGAAGACGAAGUGGCUCAUCUGGAGGUAUACGUCUACGAGGAUGCGGCGGAUAACCUGUACGUUCACCAUGAUGUGAUGUUACCUGCUAUACCACUGUGUGUUGAAUGGCUUGAUAUUCCCGUUGGCAACAAUGCGCGAGAAUCCGGCCGAUCGCACGGCAACUUUGUAGCUGUCGGUACGAUGGAGCCGGAUAUCGAGGUUUGGGAUCUAGAUGUGGUGGACUGUAUGUAUCCUAGCGCGAUACUAGGCAAGGCACCAGACGAUGAAGUCGAGGGGGAGAAGAAGAGCAAGAAGAAAACAAAAAAGAGCCUGAAGAAGAACGAGGAGUAUCACGUCGAUGCCGUGCUGGCGCUGGCAGCGAACCGUCAGCAUCGAAACCUCCUCGCCUCCGCGUCGGCAGACUGUACCGUCAAACUAUGGGACCUGAACGACGCAAACACCACCCGCUGCGCCAAGUCGUACACCCACCACACAGACAAGGUGUGUUCUCUCGACUGGCACGCCAAAGAGUCUACGGUGCUGCUCAGCGGCUCCUACGACCGCAGCGUGGUAGCAUGCGACAUGCGCUCUGCAGAAGGGCAAGUCGGCCGCUGGACCGUCCCCAGCGACGUCGAGUGCGUCCGCUGGGACCCUCACGAUGCCAACAUCCUCUACAUCACCACCGACAGCGGCCUGGUAGUCUGUCAUGACCUGCGAACUCCCGACACCGCACUAUGGACACUACAAGCCCACGACGACUCGGUAUCAUCCUUUGACGUCAACGCCUUCAUACCCGGCUUUCUCGUGACGGGUUCAACAGACAAGACGGUCAAGAUAUGGAAUGUCCUCGACAACAAGCCUAGCAUGGUCGUUAGCAGGAAGGUGGAAGAGGUAGGGAAGAUAUUUUCCACUGCCUUUGGACCUGAUAGGGCGGUUGGCUUCCGUCUUGCUGUGGCGGGUAGUAAGGGCGUGGUGAAGGUGUGGGAUACUUCUACCAACGGGGCUGUCAGGCGGGCGUUUGCUACGAAGGUUGCGAGUGCGGAGGAGAUGGGGGUGAGGGAGGGAGGAGCAGAAGGGGAAGGGCAGGGGAUGGUUGGUGUUGCUGAUGAUGAGGAAGAUGAUGACGACGAGAUGGAGUAG